AUGGAUGCCAAGGUGAAGCAAAUGAUUAAGCUUAUUGAAGAAGAUGCAGAUUCCUUUGCCAGGAGAGUAGAAAUGUAUUAUAAAAAACGCCCAGAGCUUAUGAAAAUGGUUGAAGAGUUUUCCAGGGCAUAUCGGGCAUUGGCUGAGAGAUAUGAUCAUGCAACUGGAGUGAUCUGCCACGCCCAUAAGACCAUGGCUGAAGCAUUUCCUAAUCAAGUUCCUAUGAUGCUGAGAGAUGAUUUACCUGCCGUUUCUCCUUCGGAGACUGAGCCACAUACUCCAGAAAUGCGACACCCACUCAAUGAUCUCUACAUCCCUGGAGAACAAGAAAAUCUUCCAAAGUUUGCUAGAAGGGGGCUCAAUUUUUUUGAGAUGCAGGAGGAGAGUAAUCAGCAAAACCGUGGAAGCAACAACACUUUGUCUGAGUCUGAACGCGUGACAAAAGAUGAGACAGAAAUUUUGGCCUUGAAGAAAGCCAUUGCCAAAUUAGAAGAUGAAAAGGAAGCUGGCUUACUUCAGUAUCAACAGAGUUUGGAGAAAAUUUCUAAUCUCGAGUUAGAAGUGUCUACUGCACAAGAGAAUUCUCGAAAACUCGAUGAGCGAGCAAGUAAAGCUGAAGCUGAAGUUCAAGCCUUGAAGGAAGCCCAAAUCAAAUUACAGGCUGAAAGUGAAGCUAGUCUUCUUCAGUACCAUGAAUGCUGGGAGAAAAUAUCUAAUCUGGAGAAAAAUAUUUCUUCUUUGCAAAAGGAAGCAGGAGAACUUAAUGAACGAGCUACUAAAGCUGAAACUAAGUCUGAGUCCCUAAAGCAGGAACUUGCUAGAGUAGAAGUUGAAAAGGAAGCUACCCUUGUUCAAUAUAACCAAUGCUUGGAGACAAUAUCAAAACUGGAGGAGAGAAUAAAAGAAGUUGAGGAGAAUGCAAGAAGGAUUAAGGAGCAAGCCAAUAUAGCAGAAAAAGAAAUCGAAGCUUUGGAAUUACAAGUUACUAAACUUAAUGAAGAAAAGGAAGAUGCUGCUCUCCACUAUCAGCAAUGCAUGGAGAUAAUUUCCAGUUUGGAGUAUAAGCUCUCUUGUGCUGAAGAGGACGUGCAUAGGCUAAAUUCCAAGAUAGUUGAUGGGUCAGAAUUACAAUCUUUGGCACAAAAAGUGGGGUCUCAAAGUGAAGAACUUAAUGAGAAGCAGCAGGAAUUGGGUAGACUUUGGGGUUGCAUACAAGAGGAGAGACUGCGAUUCAUUGAGGCUGAACUGCUUUCCAAACUCUUCAGCAGUUGCAUUCUCAGUCUCAGGAAUAGCUUAGAUCUCUUGCUUUUGAACUUAACAGUAAAGUGGAAAUACUGGGGAAUGUGGAAUAUCGGUUGA